GUUCCCGUCUGCUCCACUCCUUACCAUUCCCCAUCAAUGGAGCAACCCUACUUCGGUUCGUCCGAGCGACAUGGACAGUUUGACUUCAUGGAGCACCAAAUUCUAAACCUUCCUCUUACCCUCCCCAAAUACCCUAACUGAGCCUCAGCUUGGGGAAUUGUUUUCCACUGAUCUUGGGUCUCCACCAGUGCAAUGGCUAAAGGCUUCGCGCGUCUGAGCAGUCACUCUAGAGCAAUCUUGCGCUAGCAGCUCCCCACAUCGUAGUACUUCCCGUCUGUUCGCCUCGAGCUGAUGUAUCAACAAAUUAACUCCAGAAUUCCGACAGACCGAACACGUUAUCGGCCCGUUUCUCCUCACUCUCUUCCCCUGACCACUCCUCGAUUUCAGUUCCUCUCUGCUAUCCGCUUGCUCUCCGCUUGCUCUCCUUUUGCUCUCCAUACUCGUCCUCAUCCUCUCACUCAGAUUCCUCGCGCACAUAUACACCAUGGCCGCUCCCCAACAGCCGUACGCUCAGCCCUUCCUACACUUCGUCUCCUCUCCUGCACCUCUAGCGAGAUGGGACAACUGCUCUCAUGCCCCCGUGACUCUCGCUCUCUCGCCGCCCCCCGCGCCGUCGCUCCUUCAGCCGUUCCCCCACAAGUCCUCCGCGCUGAACUUCCCCCUCACUGCGCCCCCAGCCGCGACAGCUCCCCCCGCGCGCCUUCCCCAUGGAACAUCUCUACUCGCGCUGGACAAUCUCGGGGGAUUCCAUCCACCGCUUGUCUCUUUCCCUGCGGCUGAGUCAUUUCCCCCCGCUGUAGUUACUGCCGCUACGGACACGUCACUCCGGCAGUCCCUCCCGCCGUCUCCUCGCGACUUAGCACUUGAACAUCUCGCGUACAGGGGGGGAGGACUAGCAGGUACCGUGUCUGCUACAGUCCCCGUCACUGCCGCUGCGUCUCCGGCCCAUGGUUCUUCGUCCCGCGUACCUCCUCCCACGCCCUUUGUGUUCACUUCUCCGCAAUUACCGCCGCAAAUUCCGUCGCAAGUCCCGCCGCAAGUCCCGCCGCAAAUUCGCUCCCAGCCCACUGCUCUGCACAUGUCCCCCGCCCAUGCGCCUCUCGCCGCCUCCCUCCUUAACUCGCUCCGCUCGGGGCUCCCCGCCGCCCUCCACUCUUCGUCCGCGCUCAAUCCGCUCGAAGUGUGGGCUGCCGCUGCUGCGGCUGCCGCGGCGGCUGCGGCGGUGGCGGAUCUAGCGGGGGGCGGGGCACGGGAGCAAAAACGCGAAGAGCACGUGCGGGCGGCCGCGGGGGCGGCGGCGGCGGCGGCUGGUUUUGGUCUCGCUGGUGAGGGGGGUGGUUUGGGCUUUGGCGGGGACGGAGGAGGGGGGGGAUUUUGCGGUGGUGGGGGGUGCUAUGGCGGCGGCGGCCGUGUGGGCGGCGGUAGUGGCUAUGCGGUUGACGAUGGCGGAAGGAGUCAGGGUCGUUGCGCGGAGCAGGCAGGGUUUCGCGACGAUGCCCUUGCGCUGCAGAGGGCGCUGCUUGAGGGAAGCAAGGGCGCGACGGACGGUCUGGGGAGACGAGACGCCCAACAGGUGCUCACUCUGAAUCAUUUCCAACAGUCAACUCAGGUGCUGCUGCAGCAGCAGCAGCAGCAGCGGCAGCAGCAGCAGCAGGCGGUGCAGAAUCCAUAUCUCGCGCAGCUGCUUCAGGGGGGAGGCGGAGAUUCUUUCCCCCUAUCCCCGUACGUCCCCUCGCCCGCCGCUUUAGCAGCGGCACCUCCUGUUGCGCCGGCGGCGCUGGCACCGGGAAUGGGCGCUGGGCGUGCGUUUGGGUUAAGGACGGGUGGUGGAACCGCGGAUCUCGCAUCGGUGCAGGCAGCACCGCAACCUGUGUACGAUAUUCGCGCUAUGGAGCACCCGAUGUAUAUGACUCGGAACGACGCUCAGCACCACGUAUCGCAGCAUCACGCAUCGCAGCAGCAGCAACAGCAACAGCAGGUGUGGGCGGGGCUCGGAUCUGGAGAUUUCCGCGCAUCCGCAUCUAACCUCCACUCCCUUGGGCUUUUCCCGCGCGCGCAACCCGCACUACCCAACAGUUCCAUGCGCGCUGCUCACUUUCCGCCGUCCGCCCCACUCUCUUCCCCCGCACCUGCCGCGCUUGCCAUCGCGCAGCAUGCUCCCCCCGAGCGCACCGUGUUCCCAACUCAGCUUGCGCACUCCCCCGCGCAUCUGGCCGCGGAGCUCCCCGCGGCUGGCGCGUCUGCGCGUGCUGCUGCGCGGACAAGCGUUCCGGCAUCCGCGCAUGCUGUUCCGGACAUGGGGCAUGCGGUGGGGCACGAGGAGUGGGUAGUGGCGGCUCUAGUGGGGGGAAGCCGAUCGCGGGAUGAUUUUAAAGAGCCCCGGGCAAAGCGGCUGCGUAUAACGGCUGGCGAUGGGUGGGGCAGUGGGGGUGGGUUGAGAGAAGGGCUGGGGCGGCUAGAGAUGGUCGGUAAAUGGGCCGGUGGAGAGCGGGGGAAGGAUGCAGCGCGGGCGCCUUUGGUGGCAGAUGUGUUGAAGGCUGCGGAUGACUCCUGUGAGGAAAGCUCUGGCGAGAACAGUGACUUGGAGGAGCACAUAGGCGAGGUGCUUCCAGAAGGGGUGCAGCAGCAGCAGCAACAGCAGCAGCAGCACCAGCAGCAGCAUCUGUUGGAGCUCCAGGACAAUUAUCACUAUCAGCAACAGCAGCAAGUGUUUCGUUCGUCGCCGUCCUCGCAGCUGCUGCAGCAGCAGCAGCAUCAGGGAGGGGUGAAGGGGCGGCAGAGUGGAUUCCCCCCCGUGCCUCGAGCUGUGGGUGGUGGCCGCAGGGGUCCCAAGCAGCCAAGAACGGUGGCAGAGAAAAAGCGACGCAACGGAAUCAGUGUGCGGCUGCAGCAGCUGAAGGAGGUGUUGCCGCAGGGGCAGUCGCGCAUGACAAUGGAGACAGUUCUUGGGCAGGCAUUGGAGUACAUAUCUGAGCUCCAGGGCCAAGUGCAGAUGCUGGAAGCGGACAAGGCCAGCCUCCUCGAGUUUGUGCUGGUUUCCUCGCCCCAAGGGAAGAGAGAGUAGCGUGUCUUUUUAGGCAUGAGGCCUUGGCUCAUACCGUUUGUGCCUGCCUGCCUGCUUGUUGUCCCUUGUCAUCCUUAGUUAUGGGGGUUCGGUUACGCUAUAUGGUUUUAUGUCUCCUCACCUGCCUUCAGGUUUGCCCACGUCGUUGCCGUUUAUGCCUUGGCGCACAAGCAAAGAGAGCUUGUAUCAACCCAGAAAUGGA